AUGGAUAAAUCCCUAACUGAAGCCUUGAGUCAAGUAUUGGACAACAUAUUUCCGGUAACUACCUUACUUAAUAAAAAUUCAGAGAAUGAGUCCAAUAAUAAAGGUUUAGAAUCUGUGUUUAUUACUCCAAAGAGCUUAGAAAUAUGGAAACAAAUAUCUGAUGAAUCAAAUGAACAACUUUUUCAAUGGAAAAGGUCGAUAAUAAGAAAAGAAUUUUAUUCAACCCUAGGAAUUGCAAUUGAAGCUUUGGAGGAUACGAAAUCCCCAGUAAACUUACCUUCAAAACCCGUGCGUCCUACAUCAACUCCAAACAAACCGGUGACUUUAUCAGCUCCCGUUAGUCGUUCGUCGACACCUGAUUCAAUACAUAAUAAUCUUUCAAGUUCUUCCUAUGGUAAUCUCCCAAAACAAAAAAUGUCGACGACGCAAAUAGAUGCAACUAAACAACUUGAUUUAAAUCUGGCUAGAUCAUUAUGCUCAAUAUCAGAAGAAUUACUUUCAUUAUCAAGUCAAACUUCUGAUGCUUUAACGUUUUGGCUGGACCAACGUGAACAAACAAUUAUGGACUCUGAGACUUAUAACCAAAUGAUUGAAUGUCUUGUAGGACAUGCUCAAAAAAUUAGAGAUGGUGGUGGAAAUCAAACAAAAACUGGUUGGAAUAGUCGAGGUAUAAAAUUAAAGAAAAAAGGUGGUGGCACUGUUGCAAGUGGAUUAGCAUCUUUAAGUUUACCCUUUAAGAAACAGAAAAGUCAAACAAAUUCGCCAGUGACACCAGUGACAUCCACGUCGACUUCGGCAGAUGUUUUUAAAAAUAGAACAAGUGGGAAUAAUAACGACGUAUAUGAAAGACCAUUAUCUAUGUGA